UCUCAAGGUCCCAACUCAUUCUUUUGCCCACUCCACACUUCACAAGAACCAAAUCCCAACUCUCUCUCUCUCUCUCUCUCUCUCUCUCUCUCUCUCUCUGGGCUACUGCUUUCGUCUACUAUGUCAACUGGCAAGAAAAGGCCAAUCCUCAGGACGAUUUCGGUCAGCUUAGGCUGCAGCAGCUGCAAAAAACCAAAUCUUUCCAAUAUUUUCCAGCCCAGGCCUAGAAAAUCCACCGCCACCUCCUACUAUAAACGCUACAACCAUGACCUCUACUACUCUUCCACCUCUUCUAAAACCAACCCAUCUCCCCCUGGCUACGACACUGCCACCUCGUUCUCCCCCACCGCCGACACGCCGCCCCAUUCUUUUUGCGACACGAACGGUGGCCAGAAGUGCUCCAAAACCGUACAAGGACUAGGACGGGUCGGCGGCGAGAGUUUGGCUGUGGAGAAAGAUUCUGAUGACCCAUAUAUGGAUUUUCGUAAAUCAAUGCUUCAAAUGAUAUUGGAGAAGGAAAUAUACUCGAAAGACGAUCUUCGAGAGCUUCUUAACUGUUUCUUGCAGCUAAACUCUCCUUAUCACCAUGGGAUUAUUGUCAGAGCUUUCACUGAUAUUUGGGACGGUGUCUACUCUGUGAAGUCGUCUGCUGGUGGUGGGAGCGGCGGUGGCUCCUCCCAGUCCCAGCAGAAGCUGCAUUAUUAUAAUUAUUACAAUUAUGGCUGCUAACUGCUGAGAGUUUUAAAGUCAAGUGAUUCUAAUGCUUUUGUGUUGCAUGUGAAAGUCCUAUCAUGGCUAUUUUCAUCAACUGUAAAAAAAAAAAAAAAAAAAAAAAAAAAAAUCAAUGUAUGAAGAUAAUUUUGGUUGCUGGAUUUUGUAGAAUCCAACUGUUAAUUAAUUUUAGAAAAAUGCUGUUCUUUCUA